UCUGGUUAAUCAGUCACUGCCCCUGUCUGGUAGACUGCAGCCUCCAAAGCCCAUUUAUCUAGUGUGAAAGUGGUGAGGGAUUCAUGAUGCUCCGGACCUGUCAAGUGCUCUAUUCCCAGGCUGGCAGCCCUACUAGGGGCUGGCAGCCCCUGAGUUUUGAUGGUGGGGCCUUCCACCUCAAGGGCACAGGAGAACUGAUGCGGGCAUUGCUGGUGCUGCGACUGUGUGCCUGGCCCCCUCUGGUCACUCAUGGCCUAGCGCUCCAGGCCUGGUCUCAGCGACUCCUGGGCUCCCGGCUCUCCGGAGCUCUUCUCCGAGCUUCUAUUUAUGGGCAGUUUGUGGCAGGUGAGACAGCAGAAGAGGUGAGGGACUGUGUCCAACAGCUGCAGACCCUAAGCCUCCGGCCCCUGCUGGCAGUGCCCACAGAGGAGGAGCCAGACUCAACUGUCAAGACUGGUGAGUCCUGGUAUGAGGGGAACCUCAGGGCUAUGCUGCGGUGUGUGGAGCUGUCACGAAGCCUCUUGAAGACCUCUGCCCCAACUGGGAACAUCCUCAUGCAGCUGAAGUUGACAGCGCUGACCAGCACUUGGCUCUGUAAGGUGCUAACUUCAUGUAUCGGAAGGCCAGGAGCUUCCUCGGAGCUGAGCCCUGAGAGGCUGGCAGAAGCCAUGGACUCUGGGCGGGACCUCCAGGUCUCCUGCCUCAGCACUGAGCAAAACAGGCAUCUCCAGGCCUCUUUGAGCCGCUUGCAAAGGGUGGUACAGCAUGCCCAGGCCCAACAUGUGAGGCUCCUAGUGGAUGCUGAGUAUACCUCGCUGAACCCUGCUCUCUCUCUGCUGGUGGCUGCCCUGGCCUUGCGCUGGAACACCUCCAGGGAGGGUGGACCCUGGGUGUGGAACACUUACCAGGCUUAUCUGAAGGACACACACGAGCGACUGAGGCAGGAUGCUGAAGCUGCAGACAGGGCUGGCCUGGCCUUCGGAGUGAAGUUGGUACGAGGGGCGUAUUUGGACAUGGAGAGAGAGAUGGCCCGGCUCCAAGGAACCAAAGAUCCCACUCAGCCUGACUAUGAGGCUGCCAAUCAGAGCUACAGACGCUGUUUGGAGCUGAUGUUGACCUAUGUUUCCCACUGUGGCUCCAUGUGCCACCUCAUGGUGGCAUCCCACAAUGAGGAAUCUGUUCAUCAGGCAACAAAACGCAUGUGGGAGCUGGGCAUUCCUCUGGAUGGGCCUGUCUCUUUUGGACAACUUCUGGGGAUGUGUGACCACGUCUCCUUGGCACUGGGGCAGGCUGGCUAUGCUGUAUACAAGUCCAUCCCCUAUGGCUCCCUGGAGGAGGUGAUCCCCUACCUGAUCCGGAGGGCCCAGGAGAACCAGAGUGUGCUGCAUGGGGCCCGCAGGGAAUGGGAGCUGCUCAGUCAAGAACUUCGACGGAGGCUACUGGGGCGGGGCCUGAGGGCACUAUGUUAGCACACCCAGGGGUUAUGUGGUCAAUAAAGGUCCUGAGCUACUGCCCAA